CGCUCGCGCGAGUUGAACGUUCGCGGUCUCUCGACGUUCGCAAUCCGUAACCGUAACCUGUGGCGCGUCCACAACGACCACAACAAGUGCGAAACACAUUCACACAUAAUCACACUCAAUCUCAUUCAUCCCAUCUCCACCAUCUCAAAUAAUCUAAUCACUUAAACUCGAAGAAGAUAUUCGAGUCGUAACAAGUUCGAAAACAUCAUUUUUGUGUACUGCAAUACACUGUAUAUUAAUGUAAUUGUCGCGUUUACUGUAGAAGAAAGUUUCACCUCCGUUACUCUUAUGGGUUUCGUGUGAUGCGUGUUUAAAGUUGUUGUGUUUUGUGUGUGACGCAAGCUGCGCUUCAAUGGCGCAUAAGUCAGUACGCAUGCGUGGUAGUACAUUCAACCAACGUGUUGAUACUAAUGAUACAGUCAACAUAACCUGCUCUUAAUUGUCGUAAAACGUUUUGUUGUCAUUUAAUUAGUUUAUUUACAAUUAAAAUUUUAUAUUCUGGGCAUGAAAUUAGUGCAAUUGUCGAAGCAAAACGUUUUUCAUUCAGCAGCUUGAUUAAUUUAUCGACGUCUAAUACCACGCUCAACUUUGACAUUCGCCCCAUCCCCUUGUGGUGCAUCAACGUCGCCGGGUUCGGUUGUAAUGCCUGAAUGUUUAAGACGCGCGCGCGGAUUGCGGACGGCUGGAAUUGAAUUUUCCGACGUUUUCGUCGUGCCGCGAAAUAACAGAAAUAACUGAAACGCGUUGCUCAUGUUCUUUCUUGCUUUUUUUACAUCCCACGAGAGCUUGCCGUAAAAGCAUAAAAAAUACUUCGGGCAUAAAGUGUAUUUAUGUUCGUCGGGUGGCGGACGUGGUUUGCAGUAUUCCGAGAUAAGAGAUGAAAAUAUUACAAACGAAAAUACGAUGGGCGGUAGGCUUGCGGGAAUUCGCGUUUGUAUUUUUACAAAAAUGUAAUUUCAGGAUUAUUCCGGAUUACUUUAUGCCGUGAAUUUCAUGCUGUAAAAAGAAACAAGUUUAUUUUAUAAACAAAUUUAAAUAUCUCACCAAGAACACCUCCUGCAGAGGUGGAACAUGGAAAAAAUGUUUUGAAAAACAAUUUUAUCGGCUUACAUGCUGUGUGUUUUCAACAAAAUUGAGUAAGUAAUUGGGCAAUGACAAAUUGAAAACAAUUAUAAGCAAAUUUGAUUGCUUUCAGAAAUAAUGGCAUCACAUAGCUUAUUCCUAAAUUGAGGUUAUGAAAAUCAAUAGUUCAUAAACCACAUGAAACUACUAAACCGAAUGUAAUUACAGUGUUCAAUUACAUGUAUUAAAUUAAACUUUGGUAUUUUAGUACCUAUAAAGCAUUUUUAAAUAUUAAUAAUAAUUAAUUAUCGCAAAUAAUAUAUCGUUCAUUUGAAAAAUAUAGUAUUACUGUAUCUGAGUAAAAGUUAAUUAAAAAUGCUUUUAAUAAUUGUUCAGGUGCGUCAGGUUACAAGUGUUUAAAGUGCAACAAACAAAGUGUGACGCAAACCGCGGCAUUUACAUUUUUACAGCGCAAUAACUCCGAACGCACCUGGAUGAAAGCACUAAAACCACAAAAAUAGUUUCAUUCGACCGAUAUAUGGCGUAACGCUAUAAAUACAAUGUAUUGCAGUUUACCAUUAUUCAAAACGUAGAUCUCGUAAAAUAACUUGCGUCUGCAAAGCAACACCUUUUUUCGAAUCCACUGACGAGCAGAGUUUGCAGGGAAAAUCGUUUUCCCAAAGCGUGUUUGCCGUUUCAGCACGUGAAUUCCCAUUGGAAUUGAAUUCCGUCGUAAAGCGAACGACAUUACGACUACGACUCGAAUAUCCUUUUCGAAUAACCAAAGUCUAUUACUUUCUAUGAUCUUGCAAUCUCUGUAGACGCAGAAAACAGCAUACUAAACAAAUUCAAACAAACGAACCGAGAGGGAGAAAGAAAAGCGACGUGCGUUUAAAAAGAUGCACAUCGGAGUCGGUGGGCAAGUCUAUCGCGAGAACGCAAAUUUGGACGAGUUCAUUCAGGCGCAGAAUAUGUUGAGCAUGCAGAAGCGCGACGUGGUGCUGACGGCGGUGUUCUCAUCGCUCGCGGCGCUUAUACUGAUCACGGGCGUCGGCGCCGCCUGCUACUUCUUCCACAAGCGUCGCAGGAAGCGCGACGACGACGACGAAGAGGACGGCUGUGAGGGCGGCAGUGGUGGAGGCGGCGCCGGUAUGAAUCGGGCCGAGCCCUCCGACAAGAAGUCGCGCCUCAACGGCUUCCUCAGCCUCAAGACGCCGCUCAUCUCGACGAAGACUCUUGGGUGAGUUGC